AGCUCCUACAAUAGUUUUUCGAUCAGUUUGAGGCGAAAACCUCAUUGCUUCUGAAAGCUUUCCCACGUACACACCAGAAAAACUUUAAGAAGAAAUUAAAAAGAAAUAUACUGUAAAAUGACAUGCACAAGCGAUGCACAUCGUGCAGGAGCGUAACCUAAACAAAAUGCGCAUGCGCGAGAUUGGAUAGCUACGUCAUUGUGCAACCUCGAUAUGGUACCCCCAGCAGACGCAAGUAUGAUACAACUGGAAUUAGAGAUUUAACACAAAAUGGCAUCCCAUUCUUCACCCUUGCCCCAUGACCGGAGGAAAUCAGAGGAGGAACAUGAUCUGGUAGAUGGGCUGAUCUCUAGAACAGGCUGUUCUGAACUACAUCAUGCAAUUCAAGAAUGCAUGGCAGAGCAUGUAGACUGGCGGAAAUGCAAGAAACAGGUUCAGGACUUCAGAGAGUGCAUGAUGCCAUUCCAGAAAGCUCAGAUGGAGCAGCUGAUAAAACGUAACGAUUCAACCAAAGACAACGUUUAAUGAAAAGUUUCCAGUUAAAGCUAUUUGUUAUAGUCAAAGGUAUCUAAUAAAGAAGACAUAAUUUUGUAACUUAA